AGACGCAGCAGCGACAUCUCAAGAUUUGCCCAAUGAGUCAGCCUCGAAGCAGAUGCGCCCAAGAUUGCUUCCUGGCCUUGGAUGGCUGGCUGCCUGAACUCAGAGUUAUUCUGCAGCUUGAUCUCCCCACACUCUCCAGAUGUCUUUUUUGCCGAGAUCUUUGAACAACGCCCGAUGUACUUCAAAGGAAAUCUGCCAUCUGCACAACGUUCGCACUUGCUGAGUUGGGAGUAUCUGGAUGAAGUUCUUUUGCGGUGCUUGUCUUUGGGAUGCCCUGAAAGUUCAGAGCUCGUAAUUUACAAGAAUCUGGCUCCAUGCGAAGACUAUACGUCACCUGCCGAAGCAUAUUUACAAGGAGCCUCCUUGAUUAUCAACAAUGUGGACCAGCUGUGGCGUCCUGUACACACUUUUUGCAGAGCCUUGAAGUUUCCUUCUGUGUAUGCAAACUGCUAUGUGACACCUCAGUUUUCGCAGACGGCUCCACCCCAUGCAGACGACCGAGAUGUAUUGGUGCUGCAGUUGGAAGGAGAGAAGCACUGGUCCAUUUACAGUUCACCAGUGUAUUUGCCUUACCCAUCUGAGCAAGUUGGCAAAGAUCACUUGGAAGUUCCAUGUGAAGUGCUAGACUCUCAGAACACUCGAAUGCUGCAGACCUUGCGUGCAGGAGAUGUUCUUUACGUGCCGCGAGGCUUUGUCCAUGAGGCAAAGACCAGCAGUCUUUCAUCCUUGCACCUCACCGUUGCCAUUCCAACCUUUGAUUGGAGCAAGUCAAAAGUGAUGAUUGAUGCACUGCAAGAUCAUAUUGAUGGACCUGCAGAGGCGAAAAAGAACCCCUGGCGUCAAAGCAUUCCUUUCUACGCUCCGUGGAACGAGGUUGACCUGAAAGCAGCUCUUCAUCAAGCAGUGGAAGAGCUAGACAUUUCGAAGGCCAAGAAGAUCUUUGAGGCAAAGAACCACAUGCAUAAUCACAGGUGUUGGACAUGUUUAUCAAGUCCGUCCACAAGAACUGGUCUUUUCGGCGCUUGCCGCGUCGAGCACUUCGGAGCUCUUCCACAGUAGUGUGGCACCAGAAUGGUCGGCUGGAGGGCGAUUUGUGGCUGGCUUCCUCUGAAAGGAUCAGUCUGGAGUAUUUGUUGCAGACCUUGGAGAAAGGCCGACCUAUAGAAGUUGGUCAUAUCUUUGGUGAGGCCAUGAGAGCAAAAAAGCGAAGAGCUCCUUUGCUGGAGGACCAGCAUGACGAUGGGGCAACCUCUCACAAUUUGCCGAUGCUGUGCGGCUUCUUGCAAAUUUGCUUUGCUGCCUUGUGCAUCGAGAACGGCCUGGCCACCUAGCUACAUGGCCUUUGCAGCUGCGCCGCUGCGCAGCCAAACAAAAGCAAGCAAAUCAUUGUGUAGCGGUGGAAGGUGGACACAGGACUGUUUCAUCGUGGCAUGAGCCCUUGUGAGUUGCCUGAGACACAGGUUUUGCCUGUUUUGUAGACCAAGGCCUUUUCAUGGGCCACACGGGCUCAUGCUCUGACAGGAAAGGCUCUGAGGAAAAGGCGUGUCUCUUUUUCUUCUAACAUAUUUAAUCGCUGUUGUGCCUAUUUGUCUCCAUGUCCAAACCAAGAACAUGUCCAGCAAGUUUGCUUUGAUCUGGAAGAUUUAGUGGCCACUGGCACCAUGGAAUAGUCUCUAGCAUUGCCAUAUUCUUAUUCCUUUCUCAACCUACUCCCGCACUUGCUGCGUUUUCUGAGGUGCAGCGCUUGGAGGAGUGCUUG